GCCGCCGCCCAGCCGGCCAAGCGGUGUUUCACAGGGGCUGGCCCACGAAGGCCUCCGUUGAAGGGAGGCCGCCUGCCCGCUCCCCUUCGCCGGUUAAAGCCGCGGCAGCGCAACCCCGGCCCUGCCCUGCCCCGGGACGGAGGCGAGCUGCUGGCGGCUCCGGGGUAAAAGGGGUGCGGCGCUCCGCCCUCCGGAGCAGCAGGGGGCGCUGCUGGGCGCCGCCCGCCGGUUUCCGGGGAGGCGGGAACGCGCGCGGGACGCGAAGAGAGCUGCGGUCGCCGGUGCCGGUGAGCGGUGCGGUCGGGACGGUGCCCGCAGCCCACGUCCUCCCCCGGCAGCCCGGUCUGCCCGCCUCGCCGCGUGGAGGCCGUGCGGCCGCCUGGUUCAUAGCCCGGAGUGGGGACAGCCGAGACGAGCGACGGCUUGUGGGGGAACGGGAUGGGCCCGGGAGGCAGCGCAGGGCGAGGACGCGGCGGCCGCGGCCCGGACCCCGGUGCCGGGCUUGGGCGUCCCCGCGGAGGGGGGUGGGGCAGCGGGGCUGCGCGAGGCCUUCCGGCGGGAGCCGUUCAUUGUGUGGCCGUUGCCUAACUACGGCGCCGCGUUUCUAAAGGGGUUCAGGGGUUGCCCGGGAAACGCCGCUGAGAGCGGCCCGUGCGCGGGCGGGCGCUGCAGGCCGCGGCAGAGGCUCAGCCCCGUCAGGCGGAGAGGGACGUGAUCUCCCGGCUCUGAAGGUUUUCCGAAAUUAGUGUCUUUUUGCAUCAGAGUACGUGUCCUGGAAAAGUAGGUAAGCCCGUAUGGUGAGGGGAAGGAAGUAAGUCGCGGAACUUGCUGGUUGGUUGUUCUGAGGGUUAAUUGCCUUCACAGUUCGUAAAGUCGUGUUCGUUUUAGUCAGUUUAUUAACGGGUGAGCCUUCGGACCCUGGGAUUUUUUCUGCUUUUUCAUAUAAGAACGUGAAAGAAAGGAAGGUGAAAGGUACAGGAGGCACGUCUCUUGUCAGCAAGAGCGUGUUCUGUAUGCUGUUCACAGGGCUAUAGUGGGUCUAGAGAAGCAGCCCGUACGGGCUGUUAGGAGACCUUAGGAAGUUUGGGUGAAACUUGGAAAAAUAUUCCUUAACGACACGGUUAUGUGACCAUAUGAUCUGUAUGUACGAUUACUGAACGUGGCACAUAGUUGCUUUGUGAAAGCACUUCCCUCCUUGCCACCCCUUGCUGCAGCGUGUAUGGAUGGGAAUUGCCAUUUUGCCAGUUUUCCUAAUGUUAUUUUAAUAUUAUGGUAGCACAGAAGAGGUGAAAUCUGUCUAAUUUUAAAUGCUGUCUUGAAAUUUUGUGCUGUGUUUUCCUGAACAAGUAGAGGGUAAGAGAAAGCGUAAAAAAGACUGCAGUAUACGUUGUUUUGGAUGAUUAAGUAGAUAAACAGUACACCACUAGAUAUAAUCCACAUGGAAACAGACAUGCACUGUUUACUCUGGGCAUGGAUCCAGUUAAAAUCUCAGGGUCAAACUUGACUUACUUUCCUAAAUAGCUAUAUGCUAUUGUCUGGUAUAUUUGAUUAAGUUGAAGUCUACCUAGCUGACUAUAAUUAUUCAGAGUUGCUUUUGUAAAAACUUCCAGUUUAAAAGGAGAAAAAAAAGUUAUGAAAAACUGAAAUCUUCUUGAAAGCAAAAAUACAUUUUUUUAUUUUAUGGGACAUUUUCAGACAGCAGUUGAGUGUAUAGCAGCAGGGUGUUUAAUGGAAUUUCAUUUUGAAUAAUGCAGUGUUUUAGGAAUGCAAAUACAUCCAAGAUUUAAAGACGGAAAAGCUGAUAGAUCUAUACUAUCAGACAUUUUUUAAAGUAGUAGUCACAAAACGUUAUGUUUUCCAAAACCUUGAAAUAUAUGUUGUUUGUACCUCAUGAUUUUGGGGGCAUGUGGCUUAUUUUUGGGUUUUCAAAUGUUUCAAAAUCAGCAUGUUCUGAUUUUCCCUUUUGCUCUAUGCACGUGCCCGUGAUGCAAUGUCUGCAAGCUUAGUUCUGAAUCGGCAACUUGUACUAGUAAUUGCAAGGGUCUAGAAGGGCACAAAAUGCAUUCAGACACAUUGCUAAACUAGAUUGUUUUGCUUCGAAUUGAAGUGGUUUUAUAGUGCCAGGCUUUACCUUCGUAUGUUUGUGCACUCACAUGAAGUCAGUUUGGAGUUAACGGUUUGUGAGUUCAGCACUCAGCGCCAUCACAUAGUUCACUGCACAGCUGGGGACUGCAGUAGCACUUUUUUCAGAUAGAACUGUAUUGUUUCUUUAUUUUUAUUGUGAUUAGUCACGAUCUCUUCACUUGAUACAGCAGAUGAUAAAAUUGAUUAAUAUUUGGCAAGAUAUUUGCUUACAUACUGAUAUAUUUUCUGAACUUUAUGUAUCACAUUCAAAUUAUCAGUCUUUUGCUUCGAAUGUAUACUAUUUUUAAUUUCUUUUCUUUUGCUUUCAGUAUAAUAUACUCUUGCUUAUAAGGUUUGCAGUCAUGCUUAUUUUAAGAAGAUCAACUCAGGCAGAAAGGGUGUAAGACAUAAAAUGUCUAGCUAUUUUCUAAGAGGCAUUGGCCACUUUUCCUGGCUUUUUAGCUGUAUUAAAGGUAUGUUGAAUCAACACUGCUGUAGCGUUAGUAGUCUUAGUAUUUUGUAAGGGCUGGAGUUGUGAGCUUUCCUCACAGCAAUUUAAUUGCCUGUGUAGUUCAGCUGCAACUGUUUUGUCUCCCGAUUUUUAAUUUAUUGUAUUGCUCUUUUGAGCAGUAUGUUGGGAGUGCAGAAUGCUAGAAUAUUCAUUGUGUUCCUUGUACUAGAUAGAAAAUAUACUGCAAAUACUCUUUUCCGUAUACUGUCUCUCAGAAUAAGUUUGGUACCAUUCCAUUACAGUGAUUUGGAAACAGUUUUAGAGUUUAUACGUGUUAUUGUAAGUAGAGGUAAGGAAUACAGAUGUUACAGCCAACAAGCUUUUGAAAAGACUUCUCACAGCGCUGCCUUCUGUAUGUGGUAAUUUUCCUCUUGGUGGCUUUGCAGCACUGGGUAGGUGAUGAGACAAACUUUUAGAUUGUUUCACCCAUUCAGAACAGUUUCUUUGUUAUUCUUAAGCAACCUGAUAGGCUAAAUAAAAUUUAUCAGUGCCUGGAAACUUACCCUCUUUUAGAUUUCUUCUAUCCUUUAGUAGUGUGCAAAACUAAUGGGAUUAAAGAUUUAGGACAAAUCAGAUGGAGAAAUUUAUUUUUGGAAUUGAUUGUCCUCUGUUACCACUAGGAGUUGUAAAUAGGUUGUCCUAGUUCUGCCUCCUCUGUAGCAAUACUAUAAUUUUGUAUUAUGACUUAAAAAAUGGUGUUAAUGCAAGAAGAAAUGUUUAAAAGAAUACAUUUUAGGGAAUAUGUCAAGCGGGUGUAUUCUUUAAAUGAACAGCAUGCAAUUACUUUAUCUGAUGGAAUUUUGACUUUUUUUCUCUUCAUCUUCUAGUAAACAUUUAUUUCAGUCUCUGGAUGCAUCGUUUUAUGUUUACCUAUGUAGUAUCUUACUCUGCUGGUCUUUGAGAUGGGUUUUUUUGUUUUUAAAUUCUUUGAUCCUUUUCCUGAAGGAUAUAUAAGAAAUAUAUAUUUUCUUAUAUGCUUUUAUCGUUGGCCAGUUGUUUACUUCAUACAAUCUGUAGGCUUUAGCAAGAUACUGAAUUAACUUCAAUAAAACUGCUGUACAACCUGUGUUUAGGUACCACAUGUGAUGGGAUUGCUUAGGAACCUGCCUAAGCAAUCGGGUUUUUUUAAGUUGUAUGGGUAGUAUUAGAGGGGUUUGAGGUCAUAAUUUUCUUCUUGGUUCCAUGCUUCCUUUCGGUGUGGAAUAUAACGCACGCAUUUUUUAUUUGCAGGUUUGGUUUUACAAAACUUCUCCUGAAGUGGAGUUAGUGAAAAUUCUGAGUGGAGAUUAGAAUGGAUAUGAUGGCAGAUGAUUUAGACAAACUUAUUGAAGAUCAGAAGGCUAAGUUGGCACAAGAUAAAGCAGAACUUGAAAAUGAUCCACCUUACAUGGAAAUGAGGAAUAAGGAAUCAGAAAAGCUUUCUGAGACCAGCAAAAUGUUAAUCUCCAUGGCUAAAGAAAAUAUACCUCCAAACAGUCAACAGAACUAUUACUUAGGUGACUAUGGCAUGAGUUUACCUCUUGGAGAAGAAUAUGAACGAAAAAGACAUAAACUCAAAGAGGAACUUCAACAAGAUUAUAGGCGAUAUCUUUCUCAGGGUAUUUCACAGGCAAAAAGAAAGAAAAAUUAUCUGACUGCUGCUGAAGUAGAUCCAUAUACUUGGGGAUUAUCUCUUCCUAUUGAUGAGCGACGAUCUGCCAAGGAGAAACUGCGGCUUGAAAGAAGCAAGGAAUAUAAUCAAUAUCUCAGGGAUAAAGAAGAAUGGAAUGAAAGGCUAAGGAAAUUAGGGAAGAAAAACACAGAGAAUGAGAUGGACAGGAAUAAAAAACCUGUUACCAGGCUCCAGCCAGAACUGCAUGCAGAAGUACAGCCCUGUAAUACAGGUGCAGAACCUCCCAAGAAGGAUGCCUUCACUUCUACAGAAGGUUAUGAAGAGCUGCCAAAUAAGAGAUGGCUGGAGGAAAACAGGUAUCAUAGGUUAGACGAUGAGGUUGAAUCAAGAAGUCGACUACUAAAUAGAAGACUUGAUGAAGACUUGGAUGUUCCUGGUAGAAGAUAUCGUGAAUUUGCUAGACGAUCUGUAAUUCCUAUUAGGAAGCAUCAUAGACUUGAUGAGGAUCAUGAUUUUGAUAGAAGAUACUACAGAAUGGACUAUGAUCCUGAGACAAGUGAAGAAAUGGACCCUAGAUUUAGAAGUGAAAGUGCUUUUGACAGAAAAACUCCCCAGAUUUUUUAUACUAAUAGGCCCUAUCUGGAUGGAAUCGUAAGAGAUCUACCUGCAGAUCAUAGAGAUGAAUUAAAGGAGAAAGCAUGUGUGCAGCAGACCUCAAGAACUGGAAAUUCUAGAAAUCGGGUACAAAUUAGUGCUUCAGCUAACGAACUGGCCAAGCGUGCAGCUGAAAUACCGUAUACAACAGGCCUUGUUCUUGGCUGUCAGGACCCAGAACAUCUCCAAAGGAAAAAAGAGAAAUACAGGCAAGAACUAAUAGAACAGAUGGCAGAGCAACAGCGAAAUAGGAGACGUGAGAAGGAACUUGAGCUCUCAGUUGCUGCUUCGGGAGCUCAAGACCCAGAAAAGAUGCUAAAUAGAUUGAAGCAGUUUGGCUUGACAGUGAGAACUUCUGAAGUGAAAGUACCUCCUGAAAGGCCUAGUGUGGCUUUCCGAACUCCAGUGCCCAUCUCCACAGCCUCUCCAGUGAAUGAAGACUUUCACAGGGGGCUAGCCAGCACUCUUGGUGAAAUAGCAGCUCCCAGGCUUGCACCAAUGCCACCGCCUCCACCACCAGUUUUGACAGACAACUGUAGAACGCCUUAUGAUGAUGCAUAUUACUUCUACGGGGUUAGGAAUCCAUUGGAUCCGAAUCUUGCAUGUUGUGGUACAGGUGUGAUGGGAAUGCAACCCACACCUAAUCCGGAUCCUCCUUUAACCCAAGCCCCAGUAGAGCAAUCUGUAAGUAACGUUGGACAGAGGGAUACAGGAGACAGACAAAGAAGCAUAGGAGUGUUUCCUGGAAUAAAACCAAAGCCUUCCAAAGAGGCAACAUUAUCUUAUCUACAAGAAUUGCAACAGCAGAUAAGAGAGAGGGAGGAACAACGCAGACAAGAAAGAGAGCAGAAGAAACGCUAUGAAGCCAAGUUAGAAGCAGAAAUGAGGAAUUACAGCCCCUGGGGAAAAGGUGGUGGUGGGGCUCCUCUCAGAGAUGCAGAAGGAAAUCUGAUAGCGGACUUGAAUAUGAUGCACAAGCAAAAUGAAGAUGCAUAUCGUAAUCCAGAGGCAAGACUAAACCAAGAUAAAAGGGCUGUUGUAUCUGUUGACCUAAGUUUGGCCUCCUCAAGACCUGAGAACACAGAAGCGUCUACAAAUAAAAUAGCAGAUUUUAAAUUUGCACAGACCUCUCCUUUUGCUCGAGGUAAUGUGUUCAAUGAACCACCAUCUUCGCAGCGUCUUAAGCAACAAGAGUCAUACAAGAACUUCCUUCGUCUGCAGAUUGAAGAGAAGAGACGUAGGGAAGAAGCAGAGCGAGAAAAACUUAGAAUGGAAGAAGAAAAGGAAGAAAAACGACUAGCUGAAGAGAGGAUGAGAAUUCAAAAAGCAUAUGAAGAUGAACAAGAGCAGCAAAGAAGGAAAGAGGAGGAGCAAAGACGGAAGCAUGAAGAAAUAAUGAGAUUAGGUGAAGAGAGGCAAAAAGAGGCAGAAAGAAGAAUAAAAGGAAAAGAAGAAAAGAAAGAUGAACAACUUAAACAAUAUUUUGAGAAAGAAAAGAAGGAAGAGGAAAAGAAGGUGUUUUCAAGGCAGCCUUCUCCCAUCGUUCCUGCUCUUCAGAAAAAAUUAAAAGAAGAAAGAAUUCCCUCUGCUGAGAGCCAUAUAUCUUGCAAUGCACAAGAUCUUCCACAACCAAGGGUUCCUUCUCCACCUGUUCCUGCUAGAAGAAAUGAAUUGCGUGCACUUGAGGAAAGAAAGAAUGUUUUAAAUGAAUUAUCAGAGAUGAGGAAACAGCUUCAUAGUGAAGGGAGGCGACUGCAGGAACAGUUGCUAAAUGUGGCCAGUGAUGAUGAUGUACCAAUUACACGUGGGAGGAGAGAGAAGAAUCCAAAGGACAUAUUUGAGAUGGCCAGACGUAGGAUACAGGCUCCAGUAAGGCGACCAUCAUCAAAGGUGGCACAAGAUCCUGUCAAUAUACAAAAUAUCAGGGAAUUUAAUGAACUUAAAUAUAAAGAUUCUGAAACACGUAUGGGCUUGAGGCACAUGUAUCCUGAUCCUCCAAAAGAUGACCAGACUCUAGAGAUUCAGCAGCAGGCACUCUUGAGGGAGCAGCAGAAGAAACUUAACAGAAUGAGAAUCAGGAGAGAAAUAGAAGAUGAUUUUGCUUCUGGCAGUAACCCACAAACCAUGGGACUGUUCAGGAGUGAGUCUCAUCAGUCCUUGAAAAAUACACCGUUGGAAUCGGAUAGCACUUUUAUCAGGGUUAAUGGGGAAGCAUUUACUGACUUGGGAGAAGUGAAUUUAUCACCACAGCUUCCACCUUCAGCAAGGCAGAGAAGACGAAUAAAGCAGCAAGCUUUGGAGUGUGCUGAGGAUGUUCCACCCAGCCAGACACCAUGGCUGCAGCCUGACAGCUUUUCUUUGCACUCGAACAUCAGCCUUGAUGCCGAUCAGUUGAAAGGCAAGAACGAAGAACGAUUGCACAGACUGACUGAGCUCCAGCAGAAAUCUGCUUGUUUAGGAGAAGCAGAUGACCUUUGGAAUCAGAUUCCACCCAACACCGGCAGACGGUGCGGUUCUGUUGACACAGUUGCAACAGAGCCCUGGCUGCGACCAGGAACUUCAGAGACUUUCCAGAGGUUCGUGGUGGAACAGUCAAACCCAGCAAAAAUCUCACCUGAGAGCCUGCUGCCGCUCAGCUGGCAAGGCCUCUCAACAGCACACGGCUGACACGGGAACCCGCGGUGCCUCGCAGCAGAGCAGGGGCCGGUCGGCACUACUGCACUUUCCAGGGUCUCUUCCAGGGAGCGUGUGAUACAACGCAGAGCGUGGGGCUGUAUGUGUCAUUUGAAGUAGCAAUAAGAAAGUAAGAGAAGCUGCAGUGCGAAGACGUAGAGCAGGGAUAUUGUACAGCACAUAAUGUAGGAAGCAGAGGAAUAGCUUGGCCAUUUUUGAGGCUGAAACUUCUAGAAAAGGUGCAGAGCUGGACUUACCACAAAACCAGCGUGCACGUGUGUGUGUGAAUUUGAUAGUAAAUAAAUUUAAAUUUUUAGCUUUGUUUAUAGCCAAACUCCAAAACUGGCUGGAAAUAAGAGAAAAUGGACCUCUGCUGUGAGUGAAAGCUUUUACCAAAAGAGUAGAUACCUUGGCAAAGGGCACUUGCUUUUCAUACAGUAAUGAUUGCUAUCCUGCAUGAAAGCUCAGCAGUUUCAUGAAAAAAUUACUAUUAGCGGUGUCUCUUAUGUUCCCUAACCUGUUAUGUGCUGGAAAUACAGAUAGCGUUGCAUAUAUUUAAUUUAUGGUUCCGAUUUAAGAGUUAAUAAAUUAUUUUGUUACUAAGAAUGUGAAA